AUGGCUAAUCCAAUUGAUUCUACUGGAUUUACUACCAUUGAUCCAUCAAAUCCUUUCUUCAUUGCUCCGUCUGACAAUCCGAGUUCUAUUCUCAUCACAAAUCCUUUUAAUGGAAUCGGAUUUGCAUCUUGGAAACAAUCAAUGCUCAUAUCGUUAGCUAGCAAGAACAAGUUAGGUUUUAUUGAUGGAUCAAUCUCUGAACCAACAAUAAUCUCAAAUUCGUAUUCUGCCUGGUUUCGAGCCAAUUCCAUGGUAAUUAGUUGGAUUCUGAAUUCUCUAUCCAAAAAUAGUGUCGAUAGUGUGUUGUUCUUUGUCUAUUGCUCGAGAAAUUUGGAUUCAAUUGUAUCAAAGGUUCGAACAACCAUAUGGAGUGUUGAUUUACCAGAUUCAACAACAGCUAUUUCAACUUCUCAAGGUUCAGACGAUUUCGGAACUUAUUUCACCAAAUUGACAAGAAUUUGGGAUGAAUUGUGUAUUGUUCAAGCAAUUCCUCCAUGUUCUUGUGAUGUUGCAUCUCAAAUCCACAAGUUUCUUGAAGAAUAA